GAAAACCUACAGAAGGGUAGGUCUCCAGGAACAGGGUUGGAGACCUCUGUGUAGGGUGUCCUUAUCUGAAAGAUGGAUCGAUACAUAAUGAUUAUCGCGUGUGUUCUGCGGGUGGUGCGGUGCUACAGCUCCGGAGCGGUGACGGAGGCGUGUGACCAUAUGACACCGCAACACUCCGUAGGCGCGCAGCAGAGCCCUGCUCCAUUCUCUGUCGCCACUGACCGGUCCAGCUUCAAGAAGGGCGACGAAAUCACAGUCCAGCUCCUGGCAGAUGCCACUCCAUUCAUUGGGUUCAUGUUACAAGCCAGAGCAGUUGGUGGAAGCAGUCCUUUGGGAUCCUUCACUGUAACAAGUGGAGAGGCACAGCUCCUCACCUGCAACGGACUACCUAAGUCUGCAAUUUCUCACACAUCAGCUUCACCUAAAUUCUCCAUCCAGGGAACAUGGAGGGCCCCCAUAUCAGAUGACCUCAACUCUAUCCAAUUCAGUGUAUCCUUUGUAAAAGAUUUCAACACCUUCUGGGUUGGCGUGAGAAGUUCUCCAGUCACGUUCAGCGUCGCUGCUGCAACCCCAGCGAACAGCACAUCCACACCCAGCACAUCUACCACUUCCGCCUCAUCCACAGCAGUAUUUCCAUCGCAAUCCUCAUUGUCCAUCUCGAGUGCUGGAUGUGGCAGCAGUAAGGUCUGUUUCAGCCGACCUCUGAACUGUAACCCUGGGGUCAGCCCAGACUGUUACUUCCUGUCUGCGACGACCUCUACCAGGGAUACAGCCAUCCAGUUGGAGAUGACCGGCCCUUCAGACGGCUACAUCGCCAUCGGCUUCUCAGAUGACCAGACGAUGGGAAAUGAUGACAUCUUUAUUUGUGGCCGGGACAGUAACGGGAUCAUCCAAUUGCAACACGCCUAUUCAACAGGAAGAACGCGACCAGACAUGCGUCCUCUGGGAAAUGUUUCUGAUGUUAAAUCCUCAAUGAAGGAUGGUAUCAUUAGCUGUUCCUUCACGACUAUGAACCCCGUCUCAACUCAACGAUCCAUACGGUCCAGUUCCCCCUACUACCUCAUGUUUGCUCAAGGACCAACCAGUAAUGGGGAAAUCAGGCAUCAUACAAGCACCUUCAUCAGUGACACUAAGGUGGAUGUUUCAAGACCUCAGCUUGUCACCAAUGCAAUCCGCCCCCCUAUUAUAAAAGCACAUGGUGCCCUGAUGUUGAUAGCGUGGAUGACCACCGGUAGUCUAGGAAUGAUCACAGCCAGGUAUCUGAAAGGUGUGGCCAAGGGGAAAGGAUGUUGUGGGAAAGACGUUUGGUUUCUGGCGCACGUGUUUCUUAUGACACUCACUGUUGCUGCCACCAUCAUUGCCUUCAUUUUGUCCUUCUCACAUGUUAGAGGCUGGAGUGGGGGAGCCCAUCCUGUGUUGGGCUGCAUCCUUAUGAUCCUGGCCUUCUUCCAGCCGACCGCUGCCAUGUUCCGAUGUGGACCUCAACAUCACUGGCGAUUCCUCUUCAAUUGGUCGCAUGCUUUGAAUGCAGUGGCGAUUAAAGUUUUAGCUGUGGCGGCAAUAUUCACUGGGCUGUCAUUGAUUGACAGCUCUGAUGAUAAGUGGCUUUUGAAGGUGAUGGGUGGGUUUGUUGGAUGGGAGGCAACACUGUACAUCCUGCUAGAUGUCCACAUGCGCUGGAAGCGCAAUGAUAACAAAGAGGGUGCUUCUGACUCGGCAUGCAUGGAGUUGUUGCUCCUGGUCCUGUUUUUCCUAGGAAAUAUGGCCUUUUUGGUGGCACUACUUGUUGGAAUUGGCAUGUCAUGAAGAGCUGCUGAGCAAUGGACAGAUCUGUCAUGAGAUUUCUAUAACAGCUCACUUUAACUGUAUUUGAAAUAGUUUUAUAUUGUGUCGAAAUGUUUUAUAACGUUCUGCUCUGAGAAUCAUACCAUAAAAAGGUGUGAUACCUCUUGUUUACACUGGAUAAAACAGUAUUUUAAACUGACUUCAACCAUAAUGUUUGAAUUACAUGUUUAUCAUUGUGUUAACACUGUCAGUGACUUAUAAUAAAGUGAUUGUUCAAAA